GAAUAUUUUACAAUCGAAAGGUUUCAAAUUGUCAAGCUCAAACAUGACUGUUAAUACACAUCCUCUGCUUGCGUUUGGUGACAUCCCUGCUUAUGCUAAGCUUGCUGAUCAGUCAGACCAUUUUCACCUACGCGGAUAUAGAUGCUGCACUAUCAAAGCAGCAAGAAUCGAAAACAAAAAUGCUUUUUUUCCCCUCCUUCCAGCAGAUUUGCCUUUCGAAGUAAAGACCCGUUUAAGACAGCAAACGAAGCCAUAAGUCAAAAACUUCCAACGCCAUUUGCUGAUCUCAAGCUUUUCAUAGUGCAUUUUUCUUUC